CCCGCGAAGAACAAAGACGGUUUUAUUUCAAGCAGUUUCUUAGGAGUAUGAGGUUAUUUUUGGUUUAUUGCUAUACUUAUGGCGGCGCAUAAUGGCUUACUUUCUGGAGGGAAGGAUAGGAGAAAGUCGCUGGAGCAAUUGCUGAGUGAAGCCUUGCCAAAGGACACAAGCUUCAAGGUAUACCAUCUAUCCACGCCACCAACGUCCACUUCGGCGAUCUACUCUGCUCCUCCAGGAAAGCGACCCAACAAGACAUACUGCGAAAGUCAUUUCCUGUCCGUGUCGAUAAAUUCGAAUGGCAAGGCCACAUCAGGUUCACCAGGCGAAGUGCUCGUCUACGCUAUCGAGAUCCUCAUUUAUUCGACCGCGCACUCCACCACGCUAUUCGUAUCGAAAGCCGAUUCCAGCGGAUAUCUACACCUACUAGACCUCCCCAAAGGCAGUCCGUCACCGCUGAAGGAGAUCAGCUCGGCGUUUUUGUCAUACCUGGUGGAGCGACGUAGGAGGCCUGGCAUCCAAACCAUCGUUUCGCUGUUCGCCCGGGCGCAGGACCAAUAUCUAUUUGCGAGGAGCAUUGAUAAUAAAGGGAAGCAUGUCUUAGAUGACAGAGGCUUGGUGAAGUGGUGGUGUCGGGUGCUGAACCCGUUACUGGCCAACGAGAAAGAGGGAGGAUGGCAUAACAUUCAUGGAUAUCUGACAGUGCCGGGUUUGGAUACGUAUGAGACGAGGGCAUUCCUACCACCAAAGCACGCAGAGACGAAGACAUGGACGGUUGGCCACCCACUACGAGAGAUCGCGCUUUUCCCGGAUGCGCCUCCUCGGUGCCUCAUCCCUCACUUCCCGGACGACCCAAAGUCGAGGUAUCUUGACGAGUUGGAUGACGAGCUUUCUGGGUCUCAGGGGAAGGAUAACGGGCGGUGGAAGAGUGUGAAGGACUUGGAUAUGUUUUGGGAAAUGAUGGCUUUCCGUCAAGAAUGCAGUGCGGGCCGUCUGGUGGGGUUCAUAUGGGUUGUCUUUGCGCCGACUCCUCCGUCGGAGUCGGCGGAAGCAGAAGACACAGCUAGCAGCCAGGCAUUGACGAGUCAAGCGAGCUUUGCAAGUAGUUUCACGGAGCCAGAUGAUAGUCCCGUCAAAUCGCAACGAACGUCUAGACUGCCGAAUCGGACUGUCGAAACUCUCAAAGACGAGACCAGAUCUCCAUCCCGUACAAGACGCCGGAAGGCGAAGAAGGCGCCCACUCUCUCUGGACCCAUUGUUUCCCGAAAACCCCGAGUUAAAGAAAACAGCAAUAGCCACCAGCCAUCAAGGCCCGAGAGAACGCCGUACUACAUAUGGCCAGCCGACAGUAGAGGACAAGUUGUGCUCGAGGAGAAAGACUACCACCGCUUCCACGAACUCCUCCUAUCGCUAGACUUCGCGAAUAUCGAACUAGCGUGCGCAGCCACGAAGCGAUGGACUGGCGAGGUCCCGGGAGGCUCUCCCGUUGAGACGCUCGGCUGGGGAACUACAGUUGUUGGCACGAAGGCUUUUGAGGCGAGAAACUUGCCGGGUCGCGAUAACGUCACGACGCUGAAUGUUGGGCUUGUGAGGAAGAAGAGACGGGCUGGCGAUGAUGGAGGGGUCUCUGCCGAGGCGCCACCUCAGGAGAGUGUGCAAGCCCCUGAAGUCAAUGUUCUGGGUGCUGGGAUGAUUCGGAAGAAGGCAAAGCCGUGAAGGAUGGUGUCGGGGCGGUUGGUGUGGGGGGUUUUUUUAUAGGGCAUUUACUGGUGUUUUGCAAGGCGCGGGGUAGGCGGGACCGGGGCCGGGGCAGGGAGUUAACGUUUGCAAUGGUAUUCUUGCCGCUCAAAAGUCUGAAGAGGGACUGUGGAUGACAGCAUUGAUCACUGCAACUAUAAUUAAAGACAAGACUCUUCGUUACUGAAGGGUAUAAUUGUCGUAAUAGUUACUUAUGAAUACAGCGGUGAUUACAGCAACUGUAACUGAAAUAAAGACUCCUAGUUACUGAG